AUGGCUGCUUGUGUUAUAACGUGCACAGACUGUAUAAAUUCAUACUUAAUCUAUUCUCCUUUAUAUACGUCCCUUCAGUCCAUUUCUCUGUAUUUAGACCUCCUGUUUUUCUUUUCGACCUGUUUGUUUUAUGAAUCAUUCUCCACGUUCAAAUGUCUGUCUUAUUUUGCAAACCUAUCCGUUUGCUGCUGGUUAGAUUUCUUCCGUCUUCUUCCCCCACCCCCGCCAUCUUCUCCAUGCUACUCCAAGCACACAUGGCGACCAUCUCCCACAAUUCAUCAAUUCACAUCCAUUAUAAACCAACUCCCUCAAUCUUUCUAUCUCUUCUCUAACUCUUUCUCGCUACAUCGGAUUCAGCCAUUCACUAGCCCUCGCUUUGCAAGGCAUUUACAAUUUCUUUCUUUACUCCUUCCUUCUUUCUGUUUUACGAAGCUUAUCUCUUUCGACAUUUGCCUGUCCCCCUUCCUUCCUGAUCCCUUUCAAGCCUUCUUCAUUUCCUUCCUUCCUGAUCCAUUUCUAGCCUUCUUCAUUUCCUUCCUUCUUGAUCCCUUUCUAGCCUUCUUCAUUUCCUUCCUUCUUGAUCCCUUUCUAGCCUUCCUUCUUGAUCCCUUUCUAGCCUUCUUCAUUUCCUUCCUUCUUGAUCCCUUUCUAGCCGUCUUCAUUUCCUUGAUCCUUUUCUAG